CCCCAUGAAAACAUGGGUUACCCUUGUCAUUAGAUUGUUAUUAGUCCAUAGUCAUUAUACGAACAUUUAGACCCCAUGCCAUGGCAUUACGAAUUUGUUUUAGACAUUUCUUAUACAGACGGUUGUGUUUACUAAAGAGAGCUGUAAAUCAAUGCUCUGUAGCGCUAACACCGGAGGCACAUUUUGGUUCAAAUGGGAGUAAAGAUGGAAAGGAUCUCAACUCCCUGUUUCAGCCGUUGCCUGUCAGGCUUGCAAACAGCACCGAUGACAUCAAUAUUGGUGCUGAGCUAACUUCCAAAUUGAAGAAAGAAGACCUCCUGAAAAUCUUCAAUCAGUUCUACAAAAGAAAAGAAGUGAAACUAUUAGCAGCAGAGAAUGGACUUGACAAUCGUUUGUUCCAUGAAGCGUACUUGAGUUUUCGUAGAUUUUGUGUGGAAUCGGAACACCUGCCUGUAGAUUUGCACAUCAUUAUUAGUGAUCUUCUCCAGGAAGCAGGUCAUGUUGAUGACAUAUUCCCGUACUUCUUGCGUCACGCUCGGGAUAUAUUUCCUCAUCUGGAAUGCAUGGAGGAUCUGAAGAAAAUCAGUGAUCUGAGGCUUCCUGCAAACUGGUAUCCAGAAGCAAGAUCUAUUCAGAGAAAAAUCAUCAUCCACGCAGGUCCGACAAACAGUGGAAAGACGUAUCAUGCUCUCGAACGGUUUCUGUCAGCAAAGUCGGGCGUUUACUGUGGACCACUUAAAUUGCUAGCUCAAGAAGUUUUUGUUAAAAGCAAUAAAAAUGGGACACCCUGUGACUUGGUUACGGGUGAAGAACGACGCUAUGCAAACUCUGAUGGAAGUUUGUCAAACCAUGUGGCUUGUACAGUAGAGAUGACAAGUGUUACCAUGCCGUGUGAAGUUGCAGUCAUUGAUGAGAUCCAAAUGAUAAAGGAUCAGCAGAGAGGCUGGGCGUGGACUCGGGCCUUGCUGGGGGUCUGUGCUGACGAAAUUCAUCUCUGUGGAGAGGCCUCGGCAAUAGACCUUGUCAAAGAAUUAAUGCUGGUAACUGGAGAAGAAGUUGAGGUUAGAAGAUAUAAGAGGAUGACUAAUCUAGUGUACCUGGACAAAGCUGUUGGUUCUUUUGACAAUAUACAACCAGGGGAUUGCAUUGUUUGUUUCAGCAAGAAUGAUAUUUACUACAUAAGUCGCCAGCUAGAACAGCGCAGGAUAGAAUGUGCUGUCAUCUACGGUGGUUUACCGCCUGGUACAAAAAUUGCACAGGCUGAGAAAUUCAAUGAUCCUAAUCAUCCGUGUAAAGUGAUGGUGGCAACUGAUGCUAUCGGAAUGGGACUAAAUCUGGCCAUUAAGAGAAUCAUCUUCUACUCUAUGAUGAAGCCCACCAUUAACGAGAAAGGUGAGAAGGAGAUGGAUGUGUUGAGUACGUCUCAAGCUCUUCAGAUUGGAGGUAGAGCUGGCAGGUUCGGGACGGUGUUCGAGAACGGAGAAGUCACAACGUUCAGAAACAGUGAUCUUCAACUGUUGAAGGAUGUCAUCAGUAAAUUCAUCGACCCAAUCGAGCAAGCUGGUUUGCAUCCCACUGCUGAACAGAUUGAACUGUUUGCAUAUCACUUGCCAAAUGCAACCUUAUCAAACCUCAUUGACAUUUUUAUGACCUUGUCUCAGCUUGACAGUGACAAGUACUUUAUGUGUAACAUGGACGACUUCAAGUUCUUGGCAGACAUGAUUGAACACGUACCUCUCUCCCUGCGAGUUCGCUACGUCUUCUGUUGUGCUCCGAUACCCAAAAAACAACCAUUCGUCUGUACCAUGUUUCUCAAGUUUGCUCGACGGUUCAGCCAGAAUGAGCCCCUGACAUUAGAAUGGAUCUGCCGCCAGCUGGGCUGGCCAUUUACCCCUCCCAGAACUCUCUCCGAUCUUGUUCACCUUGAAGGUGUCUUUGAUGUCCUUGACCUUUACCUGUGGCUCAGAUACCGUUUCCAGGACAUGUUCCCUGACUUUGAGCACGUCCGUGACAUGCAGCGUGAACUGGACUCUAUAAUUCAGAGUGGCGUCUACAACAUCACGCAGCUGAUCAAGGCGAGCGAGAGCGCUGUCACGAGCGGUGUGCAGGACGUGGAGGACGACUUCACCAUGAAGAAUCUCAGUCAGCGCAAGAGGAACAAGAUGGCGACGGACCACCGAGACGAGUCUCUCGAAAACAAGCGGACCACGUCGGACUCGGCCUACGAUUCUCGGCUCAACAAGAGAUUUCUUGGCGCGAAGCUGGGUCCGGGUCGGCUGACCGAUCAGCUCAUCAAACAGGGACUGUUGACAAAGGAGAUGUUGGAGAAGCUGCAAAAGGAGUGGAGCGAGUCAUCUGGUGGGGAUGGCGAUGACGAUGACGAACCGCAGGGUGGGUCAUCACAGGGUCAGGGAAACGAAGGGGAGAACUCAUUGUGAGUCGUCUGGUGAUGGUGAUGAUGAACCGCAGGGUGGGUCUUCAUGGGGUCAGUGAAACGAUGGGGAGAAAUCAUAAUGAGUUGUGUGGUGGUAAUGAUGAUCCACAAGGUGGGUCACGAGGUCAGGGAAACAGUGGGGAGAAAUCAUUGUGAAAUGAUGCUCUUCUUGUUAACGGAUGUUCUUUGUGCUAAUAGUGAACAUCUGUGAUUGUUCAUGUUAAAAUUGUCAGAAUGAAAUUCUGAUAACGAUGAAUUUUAUGGAGGUUUUUUUUUUUUUAUAAACAGAGGUGUAUUAUAAUUUCAGGUUUUAGAUAAUGUUACUAAGAAAAGAAAACAGAGAUUUUAUACAAACUGUUUAAUUUGAAUUAGUAUAUGUACUUUGAAAGAUUUACAUUUAAUAUAUACCAAAUAUUCCAGAAAAUUAAUGAUUGUGUGUAACUUUAAGGUGCUUAUACACUGGAUUGAGUUUGUUGUGCAUGUAAUCUGGCUCAUGUUUAUAGAAAAGACAUAUUCACAUUGUGCCAUACUAAUUUACAUCAGUAUUCUGUCAUGUGGUGGGGGGUUUUCGAAACUGCUGUGGUUUUCCACAUUCAAAUAGGUUUCUAAUUUAUGAACUGACUGCAUGCCUCUGAUAUAUGUAUAGGAAGACAAUCAGCUUUUGUAUCAAAGAGGAUCAUGAUGUCAACGGUAAAUUACAGUGAAAAGAAAUCCCACAAACCCGGACCCGCAGUAAACUGAAAUGCCCUCAAAACCAAACAUUUUUAAUGGUUCCUUUUUAAAUGUUGCACAGAACCUCUCUAAAUCAGAUACUCCUUUAAACCAGACGUUUUACUUGAUCUUGUGGGUGUCUGGUUUAGAGGGGUUUCACUGUAUGUGUAAAAUGGCUAACAAAUGACCGAUCACAGUAGGUAUGUAUAGCCUGAAAGCAAACAUAGCCACAUGUGCUGGACAAUAUAUAUAUAUGGAACAUCUCCGAUAUAUAACUACAGUGAAACUCCUCUAAACCGGACACCCUCAAGACCAAGUAAAGUUAAGAGGUAUCUGGUUUAGAGAGGUUCUUUUCUGUACAGGUAUUUAAAAGGGAGGCCUCAAAAAACAUCUGGUUUACAGAGGGUCCAGUUUUGAGAGGUUUCACUGUAUGUUUAAACACCUCAUGUCAUGAUACAACAGUCUUUCAUAAAAAGGUAAAUGUUAUGAGUAUUAUGUAUAUCACCUGAUAGGAUAUGUUUUGUAUAGUAUACUGCAUCUUCAUAAAUCAAGGCUAAUAUUCGUUCCUCGUAUUAUGAACGAAUAUUAGCCUUGAUUUAUGAAGAUGAGUAUACUGGUACAUGUAUACACUAAGUCUGUUUGAUAUCAAACACAGACCCCAAGUUGAAGACAAUUUGAUAUUAAAAACAGACAACAAGACAAUUUGAUAUUAAACAUGUAGAGCCAAAUUUAUGAGGUUUGUUUUUUCUUAAACAUCGGUGUUUAAGCAUUGUAAAUAAAUGUACUUACCUGUAACAUAAAAACAGGUUUUGUACAUUCAGUUUAUGCUUUUAUUGGGCUGUAUGUACGAAGCCUGUUUUCUCAAACACUGGUGUUUAAGUGUAGUAAAUGUAUGUUGUUAUGUGUGUGUUUAUGACAAAAACACGCUUUAUAAAUUUGGCUAAUUGUAUUUUUGCACAAGAAUAAGAUUGACUGGUAAAUGAUUUAUAGUUGUGUUAUGGACAGUCAAAAAACAAAGCAGGCUAAUUGUAUUCUUACCCACAAUGUUUGUUUCUUGGUAGGUGAAUAUUUUUAUUUCCUUCUCCAUAUUUUUUUUUUUUUUUUUUUUUUUUUAUCAUCUUAUAUUAACAAAAAUUCAAACUAUAAAAGAAAAAAAUAUUUUGAAUAGUUUGUUGGAAUAUAUGUAAUGAUAAUUAUUUUAAUGAGUUGGUAGGAUUACAACAAGUCAAAAUGCUUUUUUGUUUGGCCAUAUGUUUUUAGCUAAAACAUGAUGUGUGAUUUUAUGAAAAUAAACUGUUUUAUAUCUAA